UAAAAUAGAAAAAAAACCCACACAUGGGUCUGCUAGGUGGCAACGGGUGGCAUUUAUGCAGCUGUAUGUUGUCUUUGCACGUUCUCAGUAUCAUCAAUUAAUAUUCAUCAUAUAUCAUACAGUAUUAUUUGUAAUGUGAACCUUUAGGUUUAAUGUUUCAGUUCUCUAUCUGCUGUUGUUUUGAUGAAGACAGACUGCAGGAGGAGGAGGAGGAGGACGAGGAGGAGGAGGCUGUAUAGACAGGGAAGCUAAAAAGUCAAAGAUGCAGUCAGAUGCGCAACUUUUUUGUGAAUGAAAAGGGUCUGCGCCUGUUUUGUCAGACAGGCGCUAAUGUAGCCUGCUGGGGCCGCCGUGCCACCAGACACUGUGAGGACCAUGACCUUGGACAGCAAACUCAUGGAGGAGACGGACAUUGACGUGGAGGGACAGACAGACGGCGGUGAAGAUGUGAAGAACACAGAUUUUUCAGUCUUUCAUCAGGGAUAUGCGGACUUGGAGCAAAGCGCUUCAUCCUUCACCGCUGAAGUGCGGGAAGAGGGAGACUUUGCAGUUCGGCUCCAAGAUGGUCCAGGCAAGAGAACCGCCUCGGUGAAGCCCCCUUACUCUUACAUCGCUCUCAUCACCAUGGCCAUCCUCCAGAGCCCGAAAAAGAGACUCACCCUCAGUGAGAUAUGUGAUUUUAUCAGCCAGCGCUUUGCGUAUUAUCGGGAGAAGUUUCCUGCGUGGCAAAACUCAAUCCGUCACAACUUGUCUCUUAACGACUGCUUUGUCAAAAUGCCCCGGGAGCCCGGGAAUCCCGGAAAGGGAAAUUAUUGGACCCUGGAUCCCAUGUCGGCCGAUAUGUUUGAAAACGGGAGCUUUCUGCGGCGGAGAAAACGCUUCAAGAGGCAACAUUUCUUUUUGGGAGAGUUGAAGGACUCCAGGGCGCAGGAGCGCAGCCUGAUGCCUGUUUUCCCUCUGCCCGGAGCGCACACCGGGAUGGGGUCUUGUCUUCAGGGUCCUGAUUUGUACCGAGAUAUGGGCUUAGGAAGUCGUUUAAGCUCCCACACUUGUCCCAGCAUCCCACAUGUAAGCAGCAUUAUACCAGCGCUCUCCUCGCUCCUCUCCAAGAAUUUCCCCUCAUGUUUUGAACACUUCGACCCGAGGCGCUGCGCCGCGGUCCCAUCUUUGGCUCCAAACUCUCCGUUCAUCUCUCCGGUCUCGCUUCACGGAAUGAUACCCAGCUACCCGGUUUCUCAGUUUCCCAAUUUUCCCACUGGGACUAUUAAAGUUUCGUCUAAUUUAAUUUAAUCUAACGAACUCACGGUCAGCUGAACUGAAUCUUCAGCUCAGCCUCAGAAUAAUAAACCCACGGUACAUUUUGUAAAUACGCAUUUUUAAUGAUGGCCUAAGCUUGCAUUCAGGCCACCAUGUUUAGCAGUGUGGUUGCUUGAAGCAAAUGUUUUUGAAAAACAUGUUUUACAGUUCUUAAAAUGUUUGGAAUAAAAUGUGUUUGACUUUA